ACGUCAAAAUAGACUAUAUGCAGUUCUUAUUGUGUUCACAUAAAACAUCAACGACAGGGAACGCUUUGAAGUGAAUUUUCAUGCCGACAAUGCAUUCAACAUAACCUGACGGAAUGGUUACAUGAUCUUGACGUCUUAGAUCUUGACGUUCUGUCCGGUUGGCGGAAGCUGGUGGAUCGUGGGAAUCACACUUUGUAGUUAAAUUGGCUUCGCGGGACACAGAAAGACAAUUGGUCUUGAUGAUAAGGAAGGUCGUCGUAUUUUGUGAAAAACCACUUGCCCAAUUAAAUAGUGUAUCGUUUUUUCACAUCAAGAAAAGCCCCAAAUCAACAUUUUUCAGACGGUUUAAUAUACUUCAGAAUGAGGAAAAGAACGCCACUACUGGAAGGUUCCCCAAUGCGAAGCAGUCGCGAUACUAUGACCAUAAAUGAGUUCAAGUAUAUAAACGAGCGGCCGGUCGACGACAUUUCGCUGGAUUUCUUCUAUAAACCGCAUACGAUCACCCUGUUAGCGGUGUCAAUUUUUGGUGUGAUGUAUUUUGCCUUCGUUCGAGAUCAAACGGAUAUCCAGGGGAACAUUUGGGCCGGCAUGGUCACAGUCAUAUUUUUCUUCCUAAUCAUAUCAGUGCUCGCCUUUCCGCAUGGCCCUUUUACGCGUCCUCAUCCAGUGGUAUGGCGUAUGCUUUUUGGUCUUUCCGUACUAUAUCUAUUGUUUCUGUUGUUCCUGAUGUUCCAAGACUACCGGUCAAUAAUGGGCAUACUUUACUGGUUCGAUCCAACUCUGCGUGCUUUUCACAUUGAUAUGGAUAAGGAAUAUGCAGCCAACUGCUCUGAUAUUUCGUUUGAACGAGUGUGGUCACAUGUUGAUGUAUUUGCCUGGGGUCAUUUUCUGGGUUGGGCCUUUAAAGCGGUAUUAAUACGGCACAUGGGAAUUCUGUGGGCCAUUUCGGUCAUGUGGGAAAUUACGGAGAUCACUUUUGCUCAUCUGCUGCCUAAUUUUGCUGAAUGCUGGUGGGAUGCCCUUAUUUUAGAUGUAUUGAUUUGCAACGGUUUUGGAAUCUGGUGUGGUCUUAGAAUUUGCAAACGGCUCGAAAUGAGAGAGUACAAAUGGGCCAGCAUACGGGAUAUUUCUUCGACAAAAGGAAAACUAAAACGCGCUGUGCUGCAGUUUACCCCUGAAAGUUGGGCCCCUGUACGUUGGCUCGAUCCAAAAUGCACCUAUAUGAGAUUUUUUGCGGUAAGCCAGCUUGUGUUACUAUGGCAGUUAACUGAGUUGAACACAUUCUUCCUGAAGCAUAUUUUCGAAAUGCCUCCGUCACAUCCGGUUGUUAUCGGUCGGUUGGUGUUUGUAGGUUUAUUCACCGCGCCUUCUGUACGACAGUAUUACAUUUAUGUUACCGAUACUUGCUGUAAACGACUAGGAACGCAAUGUUGGGUCUACAUCGCUAUUCUAGUUUCGGAGGCUAUUUUAUGCAUCAAGAAUGGUACAGAGCUGUUUGAACGAACACAAGUUAAAAAUAUAGUGAUGUGGCUAUUCAUACAAGCUGCCAUCUCGGUCCUGUUUGUUUACGGUUGCAUGCUAUGGUACAAAUAUAUCGAUGAGGGUGAGUCGCAUAGUUCCUCUCCGGUUAAGCAACCAGCUCGAGAAUUCAAAGACUCUGCUAUUGUAUCAGGCGAUUCCAAAGGCAAAUCAUCGUUAAAAAGUUCUCCUAAAACUACUUCUACCAAAAAUGCACGAUCUCAUCAAAAUAGUGUUAAAGAAGAAUAGUCUAACUGGAACGGAAUAGUGUGGUAUAUCAUUGAAUAGAGCGAAAGGUUUUGAAUGAAUCUGUUUAUUUAUUAUUGCUGUUGUUGAAGACAUUUUAAAUAACGACGAGCAUGAAAGAAUAAAGAAUUGCGACCAAAGCACUUUACAGAAACCUUCUAUUGCAACAAAAACAGUGUGCCAGAUAUUUUGUUAUACGGUUUUAUUUCGCCGAGAAUUAAGUAGGACCUUUGGUAAUAGUCAGAGUCCGUCUUAUGUACGUAGAUAUUGUUGAAAUUAAUAGUAAUCAGUUUACAUUUUACAAUAAAGCUCAAUUAAGUUAAAACUAAGAA